AUGGAGUUCACAACAGCUGGCAUUUUUGCUGUUGUUCCUUUAUCUUUACAGAAAGAAAAGAUGGGAAGAAUUGGAAGAUGCUCUUUAAAAACAUGUGUGGAUACUUACAAAAGCAGGAAAUAUGGAAAGAUUGCUACAGAAGUUCAAAAGAAUAGCACAAUGUGUAAGGAUAAAAACAGGAAACUACUCCAUGUUAUUAAAUAUGUAUUUGAUUUAUGUUGUAAUUUAGUUUUUUUUAGGUCUGUCUUUGGAAUUCUGCCACUAUUAGUAGUUCUGUUGCCAGUAAAUUCAUCUACUUGUGUGAUGGAAAAUACAGCUGUAAUACGAGAAAAGUAUGAGAAUGUCCUAAGCGAAGAUAUUAAUUCUCUGGAAAAUAUGUCUGGAAAAUUACGUGACCGGUGCUGCAGGAAUAAAAGACGUGAAAACCCUAGUGUGUUUUUCUGCAAUGAUACUCAGGAAAUAAGGUCAUUACGGAACAUGGCAUGUGACUUGCUUAAAUUCUUUUAUAAACAAAAGAUCAAUGAAGAGUUCAGAUGGCGAACUGCUCAUGUUUCGUGUAUGACAUUAGACAUUCUACACUGCAAAUGUGAUAAAUGGAGCAAAAGGAAAGAGAUUUGCACAGAGGUUACACAAACCAGGAAAGACACACAAGGGACACAAAACUCCAGGAAAAAAUGUUGCCAAGAAUUAUGUGAACUAAAGGAAACUAUAUCUAGCCUUAGAUCCUGCUGGAAUAAAUUUGAAAAAGAAAUUGCUAGGUAAAAAAAAUUAAGAUACAGUCCUGUCUUUUCAAAGUGACAUUGCUAGACACCUUUGCACUUCACAUGCAUUCUUCAGGUAUCUUUGUCUGCUUACAUACAUAAUUUUUGCAAAAGUCCCGAUGAGAAGAACCUAUACCUUGUUUCAGGGGACAGAGCCAAUGGAGACCAACGAAUUGGACUGCAGAAGUCAAAGAAGUGGAACAACACAGUUGGAAGCAAAAAACCAAUAGAAUGCUAUAGCCCCAUCUUUAUGCCCUGAAAAGUACUUAGACUCUAGCUAUCUACAAAAUUACUUGGUCAUAUUUUCUGAGUAGCUUUAUAUUACUUUAAGAUGAAAAGAAACUUGUUAGGUGCCUAGUGUGAUAAAUAAUCUUGGAAAUGGCAAAGAAAGCAAAAUGUCAAAUUAUGAUGUUUUGUAUAGCUACAUCAUAGAUCUAAACAGGUAUGGUAACUAAGAAUGGCUCCUGAGCCAGUUCUGUUGAUGCAGUAAUAGUUGAAAUACUAGUCUCUGAUGGGAACUGCAAGCUACUUUUAAGGCCAAAAAAAUGAAACCAGAUCUGUGCCAUUGAAGGAGAAGGGAAUAAAUUAUCUUAAGCAUGUUAAGGAGAGGUAUCCAUUUUGCAGGGAUACAGUACAGAGGUUACUGAAGUAGCUAGAGGCAAGACAGAAUAAGGUUUAUGGAAUGGAGAAAAGGGUAGCUCCUGAACGCAGGCAAGAUUGGCUGAGUGGAGAAAAUACCAGUUUUGUGGAUUUAGUCAUCACAUUUAGGUGCAGGAUUAUUUGAAACAGCUUACAUUAAUUUUGAUGACUUUUUAUGUAUAUAUUUUACAUAGUGUAUUUAAUAUAAGACAGACAUGACUUAAGAUAUGAAUA